GCCGGACACAUCUAUGUGUUGUAGAACGUGUGUUAUGCUGGGAUUUUGAUGUUUUUCAACUGGUGAAGGUCAUUCCCUAUAGAAUAGUGUCCGCUUUUAUAAUUUUUGUAAUCGUAAUCGAGCACCUACAUGGAAGCGAUGGAUUGGUUGGAUGAAGAGGAGGAAAUGGUAGCUGUUAAUGCGGCAUUGCUUGUGCUGCAGUAUAAAUCCAGAGAGUACUGGAUUCAUCCAAUAAACGAACGUAGGCAUGAAUUUGGUAAAUAUCAUGUUCUGUGGCCUGAAAUCAGCAAUGACGAUAACAGGUGUAAAAUGUAUAUUAGGAUGACCAUGAAGGAAUUUGAAGUGCUUUACAAUUUACUAGAAACCAAAUUGAGAAAGCAAAACACAAAUUUUAGAGAAGCCAUAUCUCCAGAGGAAAGACUUUUAUUAUCUUUAAGAUAUUUGGCAACAGGAAUUUCUUGCAAAUCAUUGGGGUUUGAGUUUUGCACUGGAUUCAGUACAGUGGGAGAAAUUGUCAAGGAAUGUUGUGAGGCCAUAUGGAGAACACUGCAACCUAUUUACAUGCCCCAGCCUGACCAAAAGCAUUGGAAACAAAUAGCCAGACAGGUUCAAGAAAAUUGGCGGUUCCCACAUUGUAUCGGUGCCUUAGAUGGUAAACAUGUUCAAAUACAAUGUCCAAAUAACGCAGGGAGUGCUUAUUUUAAUUACAAAGGCACUCACUCCAUUGUUCUUCUUGCUUUAGUCGAUGCGAACUACAAGUUUACAUGGAUAGAUGUCGGUAAUUAUGGUAGAAACAGUGAUGGCGGCAUUUUUGAAACAUCGCUAUUAGGCCAAUGGUUCGCAAGCAAUAAAAUUGAUGUUUCCACAGAUAAACCACUAACGCCCACAGGACAGGUUGGGGAUGAAGCAUUUCCUCUGAAACGCUACUUGAUGCGACCUUUCAGUAGAAACAACUGAGCUGGUGAAGCAGAAAAAAUCUUUAAUUACCGGCUUUCGAGAGCACGCCGUUUUGUGAAAAAUGCUUUUGGCACCCUAACAGCGCGAUAUAGAAUUUUCAAAAAACCAAUCGAAACUAGCCCAGAACUUGCUGAUAAAAUUAUAAUGGCAGCAUGCUGC